AAAUGUCAAAGUGGUACAUCAGAGGCGCUACACCGGCCAUUCAUAAAAAAAAAAUCUUUCAUUGAAAAACUAAGAGAAAUCCAACUUUGAAACGAAGAAGAAGCAGAAGAAGCCCUGCCCCCUCGAAGCAGCUGCGCUACAGAGUUGCUGCAGUUGUUGUGGUGUUUAUAGAAGAGCGAUGAAGUUGUUUAUGUCGAUGUUUUUGUCCACAAAUAAACCCAGAAUGACCGAAAUCUCAGAAGACGACGAAGAAGAAGAAAUUUAACGACGAACCCGUUGGUCUGUCUAAAUAUAUAUUUAUCUCUCUCUUUUACUCUCGCUAUAUCUAUAUACAUUCAUAUAAGUAUCUGUGUGACAUAUCUUUGUGUCGGGGAGACGAUAAAAAAAAAGGGAUAAUGUGAUAAAGGCCACAGUGUGAAGAGGCCAAUUUUUUUACUUGAAGAUUAAAUUAUCAACAACGACAAAGUCUGAUGCCCCCCUCGUCUUUAAAUAGAACAGACAGUCAAAAUAACAACGCAACAAUUAAAAGAAAUAUAUUUUUUAUUCUUCAAUAACGAAAACAAUAGCAUCAACAAAAAUUAUAUAUUUGCUCCGUUUUCUGUUGUUUUUACAACUACACAGUUUAUUGUGUGUGUGUGUGUAUAUAUAUAAAUGUAAAUAAGAUAUUUUAACUGUGAGAGUCUAACAGAGGAGAAAAAAAUAUUUUAUACACACCUUGCACUUCAGAAAAGAAAGGUUCAGAAGAAAUAUAAUAAAUAACUGAUCGCGUGUGCCAAAUAUUGUGAGAGAUUUCUUCAAGAUGUCUUUUGAUUCGCGAGAGAUGCAGUAUCCGAAAGUUGCCAAUGAAAGCAAUUCUUCGUCUCCGGUGGAAACCUCACCAACAGCUUUACCAUCGAAACAAACAGACUAUGACAGAAACCCGAAUCUCGUGUCUUCUUCUUCUCCUUCUCCUUCUACUGUUGCUGCUGCUGCUAAUGACGACCCUACAUCUAUAAUGUUUACAAACAGCAUCAGCAGAAACAAACCUCAUACUCCAUCGACUGGCAGUGUCCAAUUUCGAAAUGACAACGGUAGAUGUUUAUUGAGCGAGAGCCACCAGUACCACCAUCCAUCCCAACAAAAUAAUCAAUACGUUCAUCUAAUGGACGAAAGCGAUGCCGUUCUCCAGGCGGUCGUCUUUGUAGAAGAUGCCAACACCUACCGUUCCAUACAUCAUAAAGUUGACACGGCAUCUUUGAAGCUUUACCGAUUCCACUACUCACGCUUCCUCACCUGUAUCAGGUACGUCACCAUCAUUAUACUUCAUUCGCUUGCGUUUUUCGAAUUCCCUUCUUCGUUGAGUUGGAGCUCCAGUAUCAAGCAACAGGAUCCGAGGAUUGAACUGUCGUGCUUGACCACACAGUCAGUUGAAAUGAUGUGUCUGCUGCUCCUGGCUGUUGAUCUUUCCACUAAAAUCUAUGCUGUUGGUUUAAAACAAUUCUUAGCAUCGAAAUGGAUGAUAGCAGAUGUGAUUGUAUUGCUUGUCUCAUUUAUCGACUGGUCUGUGUCCGUGAGCGUUGGUUGUAAUGAAGUGGUCCGAGUCCGCAGAAUGCUCCGACCGUUCUUUAUACUGCAACAUUCGUCCCUCAUGAAGAAAAUUGUCAACUGUUUGCGGAGAACUGUUCCGGAGGUAUUCAGUAUUCUUCUCAUGCUUGCUUUCCACCUCUAUGUCUUUAGUCUGCUGGGCAUGUUGAUAUUUCCUCAGCCUCCGCAGAAUGUCGACUGGAAGAACAUCACAAAAUACAAUGUCACAAACAACACAAUUUUGCCGCCAAAUACUAAAGAAGAAAAGAAAUACUUCAAGAACCUCAGUGAAUCUUUUAUGAGUAUGUUAAUUCUACUGACCACUGCUAACAAUCCUGACAUUAUGAUGCCAGCUUAUAACCAAAACCGUUUGUACAGUAUUUACUUUGUCCUGUUCCUUGCCAUUGGUCUUUACUGUUUUAUGAACAUGCUAACGGCAGUCAUAUACAACCAGUUCCGUGGAUAUUUUCUCAAUUCUAUGCAAUCAAGUCUUUUCCGGCGCCGAGUUGCAAUUUUUGCUGCAUUUAGUGUUUUGAAUCAACAAAGCGUGAUCAGUGAGAGUUCUACGGUGGAGCUGAGUGUCAUACAAAGGGUGAUAGAAAUGGCAGAUCUGUCUAAAACUGUCAAGUCAAAAAUGCAUCAGAAAAUCUGUGUCUAUUCCGAAUCCUUUUUGAACUUUGCUCAGUUUAAAGAUAUUUUCUCAGUCAUUGACCGUAUCUUCGUGGUUGUAAAAACUCCACCCCCUAUCGUGUGGGUUAAUAACACUGCCCUUCAGAUGCUCCAAAGAAUGGCCAACCACAUUUAUUUCUUAUAUUUUAGUAUGUUUAUAGCUUGUUUAAAUGUAAUCUUAUUGACUGUCCAGCUAAAUGUUCAAUAUGAAAAAUCUAUGGCAUCGACCCAUACAUUGUUAAUGGCUGGAAACUUUGUCUUUCUUAUCUACUAUGUCAUGGAACAGUUCUUGAAAAUAUGGGCAGCUGGUAUCAAACGGUAUUUCUCCUUUAAAGGUUGUGUAUAUGAUUGUGGAAUUACGUUAAUUCUGGUCGUAGUCCAGAUGGUCACAGUUGUUUUGUAUGGUUUACCAUUUUCCAACGAAGACUCUUUCAUUGAAGGCGUGACGUCUUUGCGGAACUUAAUCCGUCUUACCAAUAUUCUUAUUAUAAUACGCUUAAUCCGUAUUAUCCCUUUGAUAAAAACACUGGCAUUGGUAGCUAGCACAUUACUGGAUCUUGUACAGAAUCUGAAAGCCUUUGCAGGAAUUCUUGUUGUCAUUUUUUACAGUUAUGCCCUACUCGGAAUGGAACUAUUUCAGGGUGCCAUCACUUACAACCCAGUAAACAAUUCCGAAUCCACCCUUCUUUCUCCACAGUCCCAACUAGAUGCUGCUUCGAAACACCAUUCUAAAUGUGGCUCAUAUCAACAAUUGGAGUACUGGGCCAAUAAUUUCGAUGACUUUGCUUCGUCCUUAAUGGUCCUCUGGGACAUUAUGGUCGUUAAUAACUGGCAGGUAUUCCUUUCAGCAUACGCAUCUGCAACCUCAAAAUUUUCCUAUCUUUAUUUCGUAUUUUGGUGGUUGUUUUCCGUUGUCAUCGUUCUCAAUUUGUUGACAGCCCUGAUUUUGGAGAACUUCAUCAUGAAGUGGGACAGACUUGGCCUCGGCAUGAGAGAUCGAACGGAAUCAAUGGAAGAAACAACGGAAUUACUCUCUUUACAUGCAAUGUUUCGACGUUCACUCGAGGAACCCAGUGAACAAGAUCUGCUUAUGGAACUUCGUAGCCAUUCCUAUAUCAGCUUAAAUUAACUUUUACCUUUUUC